AUGGACAUCUCUGUUCUGCCCAACAACAACCACCCAGAGAAGUUCCUCCAGCUUGAUGUAAGGAUACUGCCAGCCACCCAUGGAAUGUUCCAGGUUGGCUCAGCUAUUUCCAGUCAAAGACACUGGCAGAACAGGGUUUACUCCCAGAGAGAGCACAGGAUAAAGAGUGAAAACAGAUAUCUUCCAUCCCCAGAGGGUGUGGUCUUUGUGGACAGAUACCUGGAGAAGCACAUCACACCAGUCACUCUGAAGUCCAACAUUAAAAGGAACCCUCUGUAUACAGACUUAAGAUCGAUGGACAAAACGGAUAAGGAGAAGUCCAAGCCCUCUUGGACUGUCAGGGAGUUUGACACUCAAACAAUCCAUGGCAACCUCACCAACUAUUUAAAGAGGACUCCUAAAGAUAUGGACUUUUGGCUCGAGGAUCUCUACACACCAGGAUUUGACUCUUUACUGAAGAAGAAAGAAGCAGAACAUAAAAGAAAAAAACUUU